AUGGCGCCUGGGAUGCCACACAACGCAAGUCAACAAGGCGUGCCGGGUGGUGGCAUGCCUCCCCAGAUGGGCGCGCAUAUGGCCGUGUCUGGGGCACCCGGCUCCCAAGUUCCCGCUGGCCUCAUGGGUAGCAUGCAACCAGGUGGGCCGAACGCACAUGCUCUUCAACACUUGAACCCUGGCCAACCACAGAUGUUCCCUCAACAGCAGUUGCACCUCAAUGCCCCCGGAAUGCAAGCGCAGCUACAGCAACAGCGAUAUCUCCACCAACAGGCUCAGGCUAGGCAGGCACUCAUGGCACAACAGCUACACGGUAACAUGGGUGCUGUCAACGGCAUGCCCAUGGGAAUCCCCAUGCAGCAGCAUAUGAAUGCCGCGCAGAUGGCCGCUAUGAGGCAAGGCAUGAGGCCGCACCCGCACGCCGCCCAGCUAAUGGCCCAACAAAUGGCCAUGCAGCAACAUCACCAGGCACAAGCACAGGCUCAGGCUCAGGCUCAGGCCCAAGCCCAGGCCCAGGCCCAAGCCCAAGCCCAGGCUCAGGCGCAGGCUCAGAACCAGCACCUCGUCCAAGGCAACAACGGCCAGCCGCUCCAGAUGACGGCCCAGCAACUACAAAACCUCCAGACGCAGCAAGCGCAGAUUGCCGCUGCUAGCAUGCAAGCCCAAGCCUCUGACGCCAGCCCAAACCCCGGGCCCACUCCCACUCCUCAGAACCAGCCACAACCGCCCCCGAAUCAGCAACAACAGCAGCAGCAACAGCAACAACAACAGCAGCAGCAGCAGCAGCAACAACAGCAGCAACAGCAGCAGCAACAACAACAGCAGCAGCAACAGCAGCAACAACAACAACAACAACAGCAGCAGCAACAACAGCAGCAGCAGCAGCAGCUUCAGCAACAGCAACAACAGCAACAACAACAGCAGCAGCAGCAGCAGCAGCCGUCCCAACAGCAACUCCAGAAUGUGGCCGCCGCUCAACAAGCGCAAAUGCAAGCCUUGGCGACGCAUCAAGCGGUUGCGAACAGCAUGGCUCUUCAACAGCGAAGGGCGGAGAUGAGGAACCAGUGUUUUCUGAGGCUAAUGCAGUUUUCGGAGCACCUUAGCGGCUUUCCUGGUCCAAAGGGCAAGGGUGACUUGUCGUAUUGGAACGAAUUUGUCCACCGAUUCUUCUCGCCCAAGGGUGUCUUUAGGCACUGGGUCCACAUCAACGAAACGGACCAGGAAACAGACAAGCAGUACGAGAUCGGGUUCCCUGCCUUGGCACGGUACUUCCACACCUACUUCGAGAGCGGUAUCAAGUCGAUGCAGUUUGUCAUGGACAAGGGAACGACGGAGCGGCCGCUUACUGGUGACAGCUACUGGCUUGAGAACAGCCGAUCGAGCUUCGUCUACUGGUUCGAGAGUGGUCUUCAUUUGGUUGCCACUGGCACCUUGAGGGUUCAUGUUAUCAAGGCCGCCACACCGGCCCAUCAAUGGGUCAAGGACUGGCAGAAGCUCAACUCGCAGGACAUCAAGUCUUCGCCUGAGAUGAGCAAGAAGACGAAGCAGAAGCAGCUCAAGUCCCCCAGAACCCUCCGCCGGAUGCGCUUGUUGAUCUCCCUCCAUCGGCCGUCAACGCAAGCAUGGGAAUACCUGAGGCAGUUUUCCAUUGGCGCGUAUGCGGCGGUCGACCAGUACGUGUCCCAGAUCAACAAUGUGGUGGCGGCGCAGAAUAUGGCGACGGGUCCUAGGACGCCGAGCUUCGCCAACAUGCAGAUGGGGGCCAGCCCUGCCAUGGGCAACAUCCAGCUACCCGGCGGGUCUCCCCAUGUGGUAGGCUCGCCAAUUCCCGGUCACAUUCAGGCACCGGGCAUGCAGAUCCAGCGAAGCCACCAGGGCACGAGCUCGAGCGGCCCCAGCGCCAACACAUCGCCGGCCUCGAAUAAGAGGCGGCGGCCUUCUGGGGUGAAGCUGGAGGAUGAUGGGGAGCACCGACGCCAGAAGGCCAAGACUGGCAACUAA